AUGCGAGGAAUAGCCCUGCAGACAGCAGUCCCAGGAGUAAAACGCCGUGAAAUUACGGAGGAGAACAACAGAAGACAUCUCGGCUGGCGAGGCCCUGAUCAGCGUCUAUGGAUCAGUAUCGUCAAUCGGUGCAAGUACCUGGUACCAUCACAUCACCCUGUAAGCAACGAGCCCAGACCCCGGGCGGGGCUUGAGCCUGGGCAAGACUUGCCCUCAGGAGUCCGGUUGGUGGCAGCUGACCCCGGGGCCAAUGCCCUACAGAAUCACCGAGGGAUGUACCCGGUACCCGAACACCAAGUAGCCCUCGCGAUUAUUGUAUUUAUUGAUUGGAGUUUUGUUCCAUUUCAACCAUUGGGAGGUCUGGAGAAGCAACUCGUUUUGACCGUGGCACAUUCCCAGGGUUGUGGUUGCACCGGUGGUUGA